UACCAUAGAAGGGAAAGCAGACGCGUUCUCCGGAGGAGAUGGUGAUGGGGAAGCCCGAAGGGAGAGGCACAACUAAGAAAAAUAUGGCGGCUCUGGGAGAAAAAAACCCCUGACUCGUUAACACGAGAGUGAAGGAAAUAAUAGGGAAAUUUGAUACUAGCACACUGAAGAAACGGAAGGUGGCAGAUAGAUCGCCAGAUGUUACAGAAAGUGAAGAAGAAUGGUCGAAAAUACAGAGGAGGGAAAGAAGAAUAGAACAAAGGAACAAGACAUACGAGAAAGCGUUGCAUAAGCACGAGGUCAAAGUUAAAAACCGAAAAAUAACGUAAUAAAAGAUAAAGUGGAAAAGAAAGUAAGUUUAAAAAAAAGAAUUACAGAAAAAGAGGAGCUUGAAAAACAAAGAAAUAUAAACAUUAACAGUACUAAGGGAGAAAAAGGAUAUAAAGAUAUACAAGGUAAAUUUUUACCAACAAGUAGCCCAGGUAAGAAUUAUAACCUAACAGAACUUUAUAGAAUAAAUCAGGACGAGGGGGAAGUAAAUAACAAAGAAGAAGACUACCUUAGAUUUUGUGAAUGUUUCAUAGAUUAUAAAGAAGCAUCUAAAGUUAAAAAAGUGAAUUAUAUAAGAAUCUUUAGAAAUUUAAGCAUAUUUAGUCCGCAAAUAGAAGCUAUCAGAAUAACCACGUACAGAGGGGCAGAAAUUAAGUUUAAGAACUACUAUCACGGUAGGACCCUAGUUAAGGAAAUGCAAAGGAAAAAUAAGGACAAAAUUGAAAUCCGAAUCCUAUUUAGAGCGGAAGAAAGAUGGGGAGUCACAAGAGAAUGGGAGUUCUCGCCAGCAGAACUACUUAAAAAGAGGCGGAAGAAGGCCAGGGAAUAAUUUCAGCAGAGAGACUGAAAAGACCUAUCAAAACAGAAAAAAAGACAGAUUAUAAGGAAACAGGUAUGAUACCAAUAAAAUUCGCAGGAGACUCAUUGCCAACAAGAGUGAGCAUAUACGAGGGAGCCAUUAACCUAAAUAUUACCCCAUAUGUAAAAGCCGUCAAACAAUGUUUCAACUGCUUGCAAUAUGGGCACUAUAAACAAAACUAUAGGAAGGAUACAAAAAUGUGUUUUAUCUGUGGUGAUAACUAUCACGGAAACUGUAACAAAAAACUGCAAUGUGUGAACUGCGAAGGAGAACAUGGAGCCCUCAGUAGGACAUGUAUACAUUGGGCGUUGGAAUCCGCCACAAACAAAAUAAUGGUAACAACAACCUCAAACAAAAACCUUUGUCUGCUAGAAGCGCGGCAACUCGCAAAAAUGGAAUUAAGAAUUUUCGAUAAAUCUAGAAGAAAUGACUCAGAAAUAGAAAGUUUGAGAGUCGAUGAUCUCAAUUUUCCAAGAUUACAAAGUAAGAAAAAGAAUUCCUAUAGAGAAUAUGAGAGGUGGGAAAAUCUACCGUGCCCAAUAAAUAAAGGAAAAUGGAACAGAAGCCAGGAACCAAGGCAGUUCAACAUAGAAACCAGAAACAAAUACGAAAAAUUUAAUACAGAAGAGGAAUAUCAUCGAAAUAGACACGAAUCAUUCAUACCUCUGGCGCAAGCCAAGGACGAUGAACAGGACAAAAACCUCCGAGCAAAACCCCUGCAAAAAGGAAGAAGGGCCAUCACAGAGGAUGACAUCAAUCUAUGGACUGGAUCCAUCAGGAGAAAAUGGAAGACUUAGUCAUCGAUAAAAUAAACAGAAACCGGAGAAUAAAUCAUCCUAAAAGGAUAGACUUCCACGAUGAAGGAUACAAUAAAGAUAGACGAAAUAAUUACCCCCAAAAAAGGUACGGUACGAAAGGGAGAUUCGAAGACCCCCUACCUAAGGAGGUAUUCAAAUCUACAUUAACAGAUGAGUUUAAUGAAGAUUUUAGCUUUAUAAAAUCAGCCAGGAACACAAAUCAAGGAGACAGAUAUAGAAAGACAUAUUCCAGAAAAAUAAACAACCAAACGACAAGCGAAGAACCACAGCCAAGCACCUCCAAAGAAUCCUUCCUGAUCCAUUUUGAAGAUUCGACAAAGGGUAAAGACGCCCAAAAAAAUAAAGGGACGGAAAUAGCUAAGGAAAACAGAGGACACAUGUCAGAAAAAAAAUGAGAGGGCCCUCAAGCUCCUCAAAAUACCAAAAAAGUAGCAGAAUAACCCCAGAAAAAUAAUGAAGGAGAACAAAAAGAGAAGGAGAAUACCUACGAAGAAUUAGUGACGGAACUGCAAGACAUGGCAACCGACCAGGUAGUGGAAAUUACAACGAAGAACGAGGAAGACCAGGAAGAAUAAGUUACGAAAAGCGCAGAGACCAAAGACAUUUAUUUUAAAGAAAAUAAGCAGAUUGAGACAAGGUAAAUUCUAAAUAAUAUUAAUUCACGCAGCAAUUAAAUACUAUAGAAAGAUAAUAUAACCAAUCUUAGAGAAAAAAAAUAAUAAAUAAAAAGUCAAUAUAUAUUAUUAUUAGCUAUACUUAAACAAUUUAAACUUAGUUUAUUUACGGAAAUUAGUAUAUAAGAAAGACCUAUAUAGACAAAUAAAAUACCAUACUUUUAAUUUUAUAUUAACAUCUUAGUAUACAAGAUUAAAUAGAUUAAAACGUGAUCUAACAAUUUACCAAAUACAAAAUUAAUUAAUUAAUCUACAGGAAAACAUGCACAAUCAUGUAAAAGUAGACUUUUGCAACGCUAAAAGUUUAAGUAAUAAGUAUCAUGAAUUAAAAGAGAUUAUUGAUGAAUUUGAUAUUUUCUGCAUUAAUGAAACAUGGAUGUACAAAUGGACAUUUCAAAAAUUCAACGACUACAACAUUAUACAUAACAAAGUUAACAGAAAGGAUAAUAAAAGCUUUACCACGCCAGGCUCAGGAAUGGUAAUUAUAUUUAAAGACUACUUAAAUAUAGAAUUAAUUAAAGAAAAAUAUAUGGAAAACCAAUAUGAAUAUAUGAAAUUUACAAUUAAGAAUAUAAACAACAGUAUAAUAUAUGAUAUAAACUUUUUAUAUAGAAAUCCAAAAGUAAAUGCUAGUUAUAGAAAAUGGAAGGAUAUGUUUGAUGACCUCGAUUUAGACGAUAAUUUGAUAAUAAUAGGGGAUUUUAAUGCAAGGCAUACAGAAUGGAAUUGUAGAACACAAGACAUUUCAGGGAUAAAUCUAAAAGAUGUACUGGAGAAGUACGAUAUGAUUGUACAAAAUCACAACACAACAUCUAGAUACAGCCCAAAUAACAAAAGCUUCAAUAACUCAAAUAUUGAUCUCAUAGUAACACGACCACAUUUAACAGGAAUUAUCAAUUUUUCGGAAACGGGGGAGUGCUUAGGCUCGGACUACCAAAUAAUAAACUUUAUGCUAUAUACUAACGAAAACAUA